AUGUCAUUUUCUUUUGGCUUUACUUCCAAUGAUUUUGACGAUGAUGAGCUCGUUGCUCAACCUGAAAUUUCCAUUGAAAGCAGCAGAGGAAACAGAAAAACCACGGCUUACAUCAAUCCAUUAGAUUCUGAUUUUUUGUUGCAAACUGAUGUUGUUCAACCACGUGUGGAAGAUCUAAAGACAGUAUUGGAGAGUCUGAAAGAUGUUAGAUUGACAUUCGAAGAGUUCCAAUCCCCAAUAAAUAAAAAGCCAUUAAUCAGAAGGGAAUUAUUCGACGUCAAGCAUCAAUUAAUGUUGGAGACAGACAUUCAGUCUAACCAUAAUUCCACGGAGCUAGACAUUUUACUUGGUGAUACUUCUGAAGAUUUGAGAAAGAAUAUUUAUGAAGGAGGUUUGAAAUCAUGGGAAUGUUCUUUUGAUUUGGUUGAUUUAUUGUCCGAGAAAGUUGACAGAACAAGCAACAACAUUGACGCGGUUGUAGAAAUUGGCUGCGGGACGGCAUUGCCCUCCGAGUUUCUAUUUAAAUCUGCUCUUCUACGGAAUGAUAAAUCUGAGAAUUUGAAGUUUGUUUUAACUGAUUAUAAUGCUAGUGUAUUAAGGUUGGUUACAAUACCGAAUUUAAUUAUAACGUGGGCUAAAACAGUUUUGUCAAUCGAUGAAUUGUACGCUUUACAAAAAAAUGAAUGUGAAAAUAUUCCAAUAAAUAGCGAAGAGUUGCUUCUGUCCUCAAAAUUGCUGGCAGCGUUUUACAGCGAUAUCCAAAGUAGAAACAUUCAUGUCGUUCUUAUAUCAGGAUCGUGGGGGCGCAAAUUUAGUAAUUUGAUCCGUGAAAUAUUAUCGAAUAAGAAGAAGGUACUUUCAUUGACCUCUGAAACAAUUUAUCAACCUGAUAAUUUGCCUGUUAUUGCAGAAACAAUACUCGACAUGCACAGAUUACCACAAACUGAUGUCCAAACUUAUGUGGCGGCGAAGGAUAUUUAUUUUGGCGUUGGCGGUAGCAUUGUUGAAUUUGAAAACUAUUUGGACAGCAGAGUAAAAUCGGAGGGUUUGCCUAUUCAGUAUGAAAGAUUUAAAGUUAAUUCAGGUUUAAAAAGAUCAAUAAUAUGCGUUGAAACGAAUCGAAUUACUCAUUAA